CAUCCUCCAUCGCAUCGUCAUCGCAUCGCCCAUCUGCCCCGGAGUCUGCUGCUCCCCACUCUUGCUCCCUCGCACUAUCCCGUCGCCUCGCUCCUCUCUGCAAUGUCCCUGUAUCGAAUCGUUGUCCUGGGCGAUGGCGGUGUCGGCAAGACCGCCCUGACCACCCAGGUCUCUGUCGAAACCAGUUCGUUGUCGUACGAUCCCACCAUCGAGGACUCGUACCGCAAACAGGUUGUCAUCGACGACAAGCCCUGUGUCCUGGAAAUCCUCGACACUGCCGGCCAGGAGGAGUACACAGCCCUUCGAGACCAGUGGAUCCGUGACGGCGACGGCUUCGUCCUCGUCUACUCCAUCAUCUCCAGAGCCACCUUUGAUCGUGUCGAGCGGUUCCGCCAGCAAAUCGUUCGGGUGAAAGAGUCCGAAAACGUGGCCCUGAUCCUCGUCGGCAACAAGUGUGACCGCAACCACGACCGAGAAGUGUCCCGGGAGGAGGGCCAGCUGAUGGCCAAGCGGCUGCAGUGCUCCUGGAUCGAAGCCAGCGCCAAGAACUGUGUCAACGUCGAAAAUGCUUUUUACAGCGUCGUCAGAAAGAUUCGCCAGUCGCAGGUCCCGACCCAGCAGCGUCCGACCCAGCCCCGACACAGCACCAGCAACCCAAAGCCGAAAUGCGCCAUCUUAUGAGCGGCCUGCUGGCCCACCACCGCUCCCGAGUAUGGCGGGCACCCGACAUCAUCAUCGCACCAUCUCCUCGUUUCUAAAUCGCUUUAAUGGCACCUAGCGUGCCGCCGUAAUUG